UUCUUAAGCUUUCUUUUAGAGGGAUGAACAAGAGAGCGAUCGCGGCUACUGUUCUCAUCAUCUGGGCUGCCGCGUUACAGGCGCAUAUGUCUUGGCUCAAGCGGCAGCCCGGGUUCAAUGAGAAGUUUGGGAGAGUGGACGAGGUGGAGCAAAUUCCAGCAGCGCCGAUCAGAGAAGAGAGGCUUGGCGACGAUCUGGAGGAGGAGUUCUAGAUCUUAGCUAGUGUUGUCUCGUUUUUUUGCUAAAAACCUCUUCGACCGAGCCAUAAACCCUAGGCGUGAAUGAAGUUUGAUCAGCGCACUGUCGGAGUGGCGGUGCUCCUCGCCUGGGCUGCCGGCAUUCAGACAAUCUUUUCGAUGAAUCGAUGGUACAAACGAGCGCUGGAGCAGCAAGAAGAAGCUGGAGGAGUGGCGGCGGUAGCGCAGCCCCAGCCCAUGGAAGAACACUCACAGGGAGUAAAAUAGCGGCUAUGGCGGGAAAAAAGAAAAAGAAAGCUUCCAUCUUGUAGGGUUUAGUAGAUUAGGGUUUUAGAAUGCUCGUGGCGCGAUCGGCGUCCACAGCGACACUGCGAGCGUGUUUACAGGGCCGCCUGUUCGUCGCAGCAGCAGCGCCAUCGAUCCGAGCUCUCCCAUCGCUGAAUCGUCUCCGACACUACACGACUGUGGCCGAUGUUCUCAUGGGCGCUGCUCGGAGCAGCGCUGCCGCUGCUUCAAACAAGGGACGAGCUCCACUUUCGUCUAAGGGGACGAGGGAAGUUUCCACUUCUUCCACUCAACAGGUAACAGGGGAGAUGCCAGGCGUGGAUCAAGCUAUGGACGCGCUGCGUUCCAAGCCUUUUGAUCCAAGGAAAGCAGCGUUCUGGGAAGACAAAGAGCCAGUCCCAUUCCUCUUCUUCGCAAGAGUGAUGGACAUGAUCUCGAACGAGAGUGGGAGGCUUGUCAUGACAGAGAUUCUUUGCAACGCUUUUCGGACAGUCAUAGCAACGACGCCGCAGGACUUGCUUCCGGUGGUUUACCUCUCCGCAAAUAAAAUCGCUCCUGCUCACGAUGGUAUCGAGCUUGGAAUUGGUGACGCUUCGAUCAUCAAAGCUCUUGCUGAUGCCUUUGGGAGGAAGGAGGACCAGAUAAAGAGCCAGAUGAAGGCUCUUGGAGACUUGGGACUUGUGGCUAAGGCCAGUCGCUCAACGCAAAGACUGAUGUUCAAACAUCCUCCUUUAACCUGCGCAAAAGUACUGGAAACCUUUCGCUCCAUAGCCAAGGAAAGUGGCAAGGAUAGCCAGGAGAAGAAAAGAUCUAGAAUGAAGUCACUUCUUGUUGCUGCGACUGAUUGUGAACCUCAAUACCUCGUGCGGUUGCUUCAGGCAAAGCUUCGUGUUGGACUUGCAGAGGCCACCGUUUUGGUUGCAUUAGCUCAAGCCGCAGUAUAUGCGGAGCAGCCACCUGUAUCUAGUUCAAUGCUCCCAGGUCGGCUAGAAGAGGCAGCGGAGAUUAUGAAACAAACGUACUCGGUUCUUCCAAUUUUUGAGAAGAUAGUACCUAUUUUACUGACAGAUGGUAUCUCCAAGCUACCUGAAGUUUGUGCGUUUACAGUAGGGGUUCCGGUUGGGCCCAUGCUUGCAAAGCCUACAAAAGGUGUAUCGGAAAUCCUGGACAAGUUCCAGAACACCGUAUUUACUUGUGAAUACAAGUACGAUGGAGAAAGAGCACAGAUUCAUUACUUCGAGGAUGGCAGGGUCGAAGUUUAUAGCAGAAAUGCAGAGCGCAACACUGGGAAGUUUCCAGAUGUAACUUCUUCCAUAAGUGGCUAUAAGAAACCGGAGGUGUCUUCAUUUGUAAUGGAUUGCGAGAUAGUUGCAUAUGACAAGGAAAGCAACAAGAUCCUGCCUUUUCAAGUCUUGAGCACCCGGGCAAGGAAGGGCGUUAUUUUAAGUGAUAUCAAAGUGAAAGUUCUCAUAUUUGCGUUUGAUCUCUUAUAUCUAAAUGGUAGAGUACUAUUGCAAGAACAACUUGUUAGAAGGCGCGAGCUCUUAUAUCAAUCCUUUAUCGAGAAACCUGGAGAGUUCCAGUUUGCAACCGCAACAAACACCAAAGAGCUGGAAGAGAUUCAGAGCUUUCUGAACGAUGCCAUCAAUCAUAGUUGCGAGGGACUAAUUGUCAAGACACUCGAGAAGGAUGCGACGUAUGAGCCCGCAAAGCGCUCAAACAAUUGGCUGAAGCUCAAAAAGGAUUACAUGGAUACCAUAGGAGAUUCGCUGGACUUGGUUCCGAUCGGUGCAUUCCAUGGACGAGGAAAGCGAGUUGGCGUCUAUGGUGCGUUCCUCUUGGCAUGCUAUGAUCCCGACAAGGAGGAAUACCAAAGCAUUUGCAAAAUUGGCACGGGCUUUACUGAAGCUGUUCUCGAGGAGCGGUCCAACACUCUUCGAAAGCACGUCAUUGACACUCCAAGGCCUUACUACCGAUACGGUGAAACGCUUGCGGUGGACGUUUGGUUCGAUCCUGUAGAGGUCUGGGAGGUGAAGGCUGCUGAUCUAAGCAUCAGUCCCGUGCACAAAGCUGCGUAUGGCGAGCUGGAGACAAGCAAGGGCAUCUCUCUUCGAUUUCCUCGGCUGCUAAGAAUGAGGGAGGAUAAAAAACCCGAGCAAGCAACUUCUUCCGACCAGGUUGUGGAUUUGUAUCGCGCACAAAAGAUAAACCAUCGCAGUACGAAGAACGAGGACGACAGUAGUUAAAAAGUUCCCUUAAAUUUAAAAUUUUAAGGACCCAAUGCAAGAGCCCUAUUUUUUGGAGGAAGCAAA